ACAGAAUUAAAGAUGAUGAUGAUAAAGAUGAUAAGACUGCGUGAGUAUACAGAUGAGUGGCGGACGAUAAGCUUCAUAAGGAGCUUUUAGGUAAAUAGAACGAGAAAUGCUGGUUCUUCGCACUCCCACUGGACCCGUCUCCGCCGUCAGAUUCAUCACCAAACCCAACCCUCGUAUUCCUCCUUCCGACCCAUGGCUCGGCCUCGUUCCCGCCGCGAAUACUCGCCGUCGCCGGCCACGCGUCGUCCUCACUCUCUCUAACUCCGACUCAAACGGAAGCCUCAAAUCGUCGACACCAUCUACCUCAGCUCCUCAAAUCCCAUCUAGGGGAGACGACACAGUUUUCGUUGGUCAAGAGAACGUUCCUCUCGAAGGCGUUAUUCAAUUCGAUAAACCCAAUUCAAAUGCUUCAAUCAAGAAAUGGGGCCGUGUGGCGGUACUUGCUGGUGGAGAUGUUUUAGCUUUGCUUCUCUUCUCUGCAAUUGGUAGAUUCAGCCAUGGAUUCCCUGUGUUUAGCUUAGACACUCUUCACACAGCUGAUCCUUUCAUUGCUGGAUGGUUUCUGAGUGCUUAUUUCUUGGGAGGAUAUGCGGAGGAAGGGAGAGGAAUGAAGGGUCAGUCGAAAGCCGUGGUUGCAGCCGCAAAAUCUUGGGGUCUCGGAGUUCCGCUUGGAAUGAUCAUUCGGUCAACCUCAUCCGGUCACAUCCCAUCUUACAGCUUUAUGUUGGUGACAAUGGGAAGUACUGCUGUUUUACUUAUUGGUUGGAGAGCUCUAUUGUUCAGUGUGCUUCCUUCAGAGUCCAAGAAGAAAGAUGAUACAUAUCGAAAAGGCAGCGCCUUCGAACUAUUUGAGUUGUUGACUUCAUUAAUAAGACGGUGGUGAAGGAACCUAACAUCCAUGAACGUGCUUGCGUAUGGAGAUUUGAGAUUCAAUAUGCACAUAUCAAUAUCAUCACCACUUUUUCAUUUUUGUAAGGAUGACAAGUCUACUAGAGAUAUAAAGAAAGUACUGUUUUGAGAUUACAUAAGUAUGGAUGAUACCAAAAACUUAAGUAGGAAAAAUGUAUAAUAUACAUCAAAUUCUUUAAAGGGAACUUUACAGAUUGAAACCUGAGACUCAUGUACUUUGAUCUACAUACUAAAGUAAACAGAGAUGAUAAACUCAGCAACGUUACUGAACCGAAACUAAAUUGGAACCAGAGCGCUUCAUAGGCAUAAUUUUCAACCUCAAGAAUCUGUUCAGAGUGCUCUUCAACUGUGGAGGUUUUGAUGGAAGAAACAUCAGUUUCAGAGGCUUCUCCUUCUUCUCUGUAACAUUCUUGGAAGCUCGUCUGAUUCUCAGCUUUAACUUCAAUAGAAUCGAAUUUCGCCUCUCUUCAGCGACAGUCUGCUCUUCUUCUUCUAGACGACGCAAGAACCGAUGAAACAACAACUCACACGCACUUCCUCUUUCCUCAGGUGUGCUAGAGAAACACGUUUCAAUGAAAUUCCGUGCAUCGCAAGGCACACAAUCAGGAAUCUCUGGAGCUUCACCAUCAAGGAGACGAGCCUUGAGAUCACUGAGUUUAACACCUUCCCAUGGAACCACACCUGUGUACAUCUCCAGGACUAAGCAUCCCACCGACCACAGAUCUAGGGUUUUCCUGGCGACGCCGUCACGGAGAGACUCCGGUGGCAUGUAAAUUGGAGUCCCCACGAACGGAGAAUCAAUUCCCCAGUAAUCAGGAACUUCUCCGACGCUUAGGCAGUUUCCGAAAUCAGAAAUCUUCAGCUCGUACGAUGAAUUUCUCGACGGGAACACAAGGAGAUUGUCC